AUCUUGCAUAUAAAACGUGGAGCAGUCCGCCUCCGGACAGUGAGCUCAUAGCCUCGCCCACGCACGCGCCCCUGUCCAGCCUCUUCAGCAAGUCACUGCGGAGUGAAACGAGCAGAAAGCAACGACGCUACGCAGGCCCUAUCUACAAAAUCUUAUCGGUGUUGUUCCAUAUUUGGAGGGCAGUAGUGCUGGGUGGACAGUUUGUACUGAGAAAUACAGCAGUGAUGGCCAACAGAGGACCCAGCUACGGACUGAGUCGGGAGGUGCAGGAGAAGAUAGAACAGAAGUAUGACCCUGAACUGGAAUCCAGGCUGGUGGACUGGAUCAUUGCGCAGUGUGGGGGCAACGUGGAGAGGCCGCAGCCAGGAAAACACAACUUCCAGAGCUGGCUAAUGGACGGAACACUUCUCUGCAGACUCAUUAAUAGCCUGUAUCCACGCGGCAAAGAGCCAAUCAAGAAGAUCCCAGAGACACAGAUGGCUUUCAGGCAGAUGGAGAAGAUUUCCCAGUUCCUGAAGGCGGCUGAGGCCUAUGGGGUGAUCACAACUGACAUCUUUCAGACUGUCGACUUGUGGGAAGGAAAGGAUAUGGCUGCCGUGCAGAGAACCUUGAUGGCUCUAGGGAGCGUGGCCAUCACAAAGGAUGAUGGGUACUACCGUGGUGAUCGUGAUUGGUUCCACAGGAAAGCCCAAGGACAUCGGCGCGAGUUCUCCGAGGAGCAGCUUCGUCAGGGCCAGAGCCUGAUCAGCCUGCAGAUGGGCAGCAACCGCGGGGCGUCUCAGUCGGGCAUGACGGGCUACGGCAUGCCCCGCCAAAUCAUGUAAAACUGUUCCUCCAGGCCUCUUAGGCUCAUUCCUAAAUGUACCCGCGUUCCCCUGAACCCCCUAGCUCCACGUACCCCCGGUACUCCCACUGUAUACCGCUGCGUCCCCUCAGUAUUACUGUCACAGCACAGGGGCCAAUCUGUCACACUGUGUUACAGCACUGUCACAAAAUGGCGGCAGGCUUGGCAGGAAUAUGCCCCAGCAUACACACUAGUGAGAAUGAAACUUUGGAAAGUAUUAUGAAAGUAUUUAUUUAUUACUUAUAAUUACAUAUUUAUUAAUUCCAAAUUAUUAUGAAUAUAUUUAUUAAAUAGUUGUCUUGUUAAUUUAUUUAUUUAUUUGUUUGGAUUUUUCUCAUCCUUUACUUUUAUUGUUUGAUAUUUAUCUUGUGAAAUCCAAAAUUUGGCUCAAAGCGAUGACAUGUAGGUGUGUGUCAGAUGUCAUGAAGUGGUACAAAUACAGAACGAUUAGAACUUUGAUUACACAUCUGCAAUAAGAUGACCCAGAUGGAGUUUCAGUUGCAGAGCCAGUACUGUAUUUCUGGAUUACAUAAAAUUAUGUUUCUAAUUUGUCCUGUACGUUAGUGUUGUAUAUUUGGAUGUUAAUAUAUUGCAUGUUUAAAAGAGGGUUAUUGGUUACGAUGUGGCAGUUUUAGUUUUGUAUAUACACAGUAUUUUUGUUUCAAUACAUUUUACUGUGCCUGAACUUGUCACGUUAAAUGGGAGCAGUAUAUUUGCAUAGGUCUGGCAGCAUGUUUAUUGAGAGAAGUUAGUAAAAAAAAAAGACUAAUACACUUCAUCUGCUCAAAGUUACCCCUAGAAUCCACUCCUCAUGACGAGGCAAUGCUUAAAUGUAGGAAUAAGAAGCCUUUUAAAUACUCUCAGCCCUUUAAAAAUCAGGGGCUAAGGUGAAAAAAUAAUGCCUUUGCAUAAUGCGUUUAUUUCAGUGCCACAGCACUUGUGUUAUCAGUGUGGAGAUGGGAGGUGGCAUACCCUUAAAGGGAGGAUCACUGGCGUUAUAUAUUGAAAUAUGAUUUUCAGGUUGAUGCUGUGUUCUCCACUGCUGUAUGAAAUAAGGCAGUGGAUAGGUUUAUCUGAGGGUUUAUCUGUGCCAUUAAUGAAUAUCUCAAAUGUUAAAAACCUGGCCAAAGUCUGUAUAUUUGAUUAUAUUCAGUGGACAACCAUUAGUGGACUGAACAUGUGCUUAUAGAUUUUUAUUUUUUUUCCCUUUCUUUAAUAUGCAAAACAUGACUUAAUACUUUGUGCCUUCUUUUACUGGAUGCAAUUUGUGAAUACAAACAAAAAUACAAUAAUCUUUAAAAAUGUUUAUUUAAGUAGUUAUGUCCUCCUUCUGAUCUCACUAACCAGUAUGACUGUAUGAUAGUUGAGUGAAUGAAAUAGCAUCAGGUCAUGUGUUGUCACUUUUCUUUCAGUGCCAUAGCAUUUAUAAUAUUUUUAUGUUCUGAAGCUGUUUAUCAAUCAGUCUACAUAUAUAUAGAUGUUUGUUUAUUUAGAGCAGUGAAUGUGUGCUCUCAACAUUUCCAACUCUAUUAAAUUAUAUUUCAUGUGCUACUGCUCUUCACAUUUAAGGUUUUUUCUUAAAUGUUUAUAAGUUUGAUGAUGUCUGUAGUUUGUAAGUUCCUGCCUGUGUCUUUAUUGUUAUUAUUUAACAUAGUAUUUCUGUAUUGCAGAGUUUUGUUUUUCUCUAAGUGACCAUUGAUUACGUCAACAUAAGAAAACUACAAUUAACCUCCCAGUCAGUUUGGCAAUGGUAUUCAUUUGUGGAAUCUGAUUUUAUUCCAAAACCGUGACUCAAUUUGUUUUUUGAUUCAUUCAGUAGAUUCCAUUUUUAUUUAUUUAUUUUUAUUUUGAAGCCACUAUGGAUAUAAGCAUGCAUUAAAAAACACAAUCCCAAUCACAUCCAACAAAAUACUUUUUGAAAACUAACAGAUGAAUAUUCUUGGUAUUUUCUUUUAUCUAAUACAAUGCAAACUGUUUUGAUUACCUUUUAAUUCUGUCGCUUGUGGAGAUGAGGGGUGGCAUUAAACAUGUGGAAAAGGGCA